GAUACGCGGCGGCACGCAGCCGCAACCGGUUAGGCCCGAGGGCCCCAGGCCCGAAAAGCGGCCCCUGAGUGACCCGGAUUCGCGAGUAGGGAAACACUGGCUGGUGGGUUUCUCGGCAGUGGCGGCCUCGGAAAGAGUGGAGCGCGCCGAACCCUUGCGAUCGCCCUCCUUCCGCGCCGCGGAGUGGUUAAAGUGAACAAACAAUGGCCAGUAAUCACAAAUCGUCAGCAUCUCGCCCUGUUUCACGAAGUGGAAUUGGGUUGACAGGAAGGCCACCUUCUGGAAUACGACCCCUAUCAGGAAGUAGUCGAGUGACAACUGGAUUGCCUCCUGGAACAGCAAGACCAGGUUCUCGUGGUGGUCCCAUGGGGACUGGUGGUGUUCUGUCAUCUCAAAUCAAAGUUGCUGAUCGUCCUGUAACACAGCAAGGUUUGAGUGGAAUGAAAACUGGGAUGAAAGGUCCCCAGAGGCAAAUUUUAGACAAAUCUUAUUAUCUUGGACUUCUUAGAAGUAAAAUAAGUGAACUUACAACUGAAAUUAAUAAACUUCAGAAAGAAAUAGAAAUGCAUAAUCAAGAGAAUUCAGUGUAUUUGUCGUAUGAAAAGAGAGCAGAGACUUUAGCUGUUGAAAUCAAAGAGUUUCAAGGACAACUAGCAGACUACAACAUGUUGGUAGAUAAACUUAAUACCAAUACUGAAAUGGAAGAAGUAAUGAAUGAUUACAACAUGCUUAAAGCUCAAAAUGACCGAGAAACUCAAAGUAUGGAUAUCAUAUUUACUGAAAGACAAGCGAAAGAAAAACAAAUUAGAAGUGUAGAAGAAGAAGUUGAACAAGAAAAACAAGCAGCAGAUGGCAUUAUUAGAAAUAUGUCACCUGAUAGACAAGUCAAGUACAUAGAAAUGAAAACCACAAAUGAGAAAUUGUUGCAGGAAUUAGAUACACUUCAGCAACAACUAGAUUCACUGAACAUGAAAAAAGAGAGCCUAGAAACUGAAAUAGCACAUUCCCAGGUAAAACAGGAGGCUGUAUUGCUACAUGAAAAACUUUAUGAGUUAGAGUCCCAUCGAGAUCAAAUGAUGGCAGAAGACAAAAGCAUGGGAUCUCCAAUGGAAGAGAGAGAGAGAUUACUUAAGCAGGUUAAAGAAGAUAAUCAGGAAAUAGCCAGCAUGGAGAGACAGUUAACAGAUAUAAAAGAAAAAACAAAUCAGUUUACUGAAGAAAUUAGACAACUUGAUAUGGAUUUAGAGGAACACCAAGGUGAAAUGAAUCAGAAAUACAAGGAACUAAAAAAAAGGGAGGAAAAUAUGGACACUUUUAUAGAGACUUUUGAGGAAACUAAGAAUCAGGAACUGGAAAGGAAGGCACAGAUAGAAGCCAACAUUGUUGCACUUCUGGAGCAUUGUAGUCGGAAUAUAAAUCGUAUGAAACAGAUAUCAUCUAUAACCAAUCAAGAGCUAAAGAUGAUGCAAGAUGACCUUAAUUUUAAAUCUACUGAAAUGCAGAAAUCACAAAGUACAGCUAGGAAUUUGACUUCAGACAGUCAGCGUCUACAGUUGGAUCUACAGAAAAUGGAGCUUCUGGAAAGCAAGAUGACUGAGGAACAACAUUCUCUAAAAAGUAAAAUUAAGCAAAUGACAGCUGAUCUGGAGACAUAUAAUGAUUUGCCAGCUUUAAAAUCAUCAGGUGAAGAAAAGAAAAAGAAAUUACAUCAGGAGAGAACAGUAUUAUCAACCCGCAGAAAUGCCUUUAAGAAAAUAAUGGAAAAGCUAAACAAAGAAUAUGAAACACUGAAAACACAAUUGCAAGAAAAUGAGACACAUUCUCAGCUUACAAAUUUGGAGAGAAAGUGGCAACACCAUGAGCAAAAUAAUUUCGUGAUGAAAGAAUUCAUAGCAACCAAGAGUCAAGAGAGUGAUUACCAGCCCAUUAUUAAAAAUGUGACCAAGCAGAUUGCAGAGUACAAUAAAACUAUCAUGGAUGCUUUACAUAGCACUAACAGAAACUGACUCUGAAUCAACUGGUAGUCUCUAUAGAAUAUCUUCUUGACCCUAAAGUUUGUACAAGCUGACUAAAAAUAACUUACUCUUGAAAAGUUGAACCUAAAAUUUAUAUACACUUUCAAUGUUUAUGGCCACUUUAAGGAGUGAAGUUUUAAAUAAUAAAAUAUUCUUGUUCAAUAAAGAGUUUGCAUAUU